UGGGUGCUGGGGCCUGGGGCCUGGGUGCUGGGUGCUGGGACCUGGGGCUGCGGUGAGCUGAGCACGCCCGGCGGCCCAGAGUUGGAAAAGCCUUAGCGAACUCGGGUCUGCGCAUCUUUGCUCACGCAGUAACCUCAGAGCCCAGCGCCCCUGUGCCGAGAAGCAAGCAUUGAGGAUUAUCUGUGCACUUCGGUGCCACCGGCCCUUGAGCUCUGCCCCACUGCCACACAUCCCGGAAACCCAAUUUGUCACCUUCAGCCCUACUAACGUUUGGGGCCAGGUGCUGGCAAGACCUUCAUCCCUUCCAGCCGUUUAGAGAAUUGUGCCGGAUACGAGGAGGGAUGGGGAACGUCAGAAGCCAGUUGGGGCAGAAGUUUUGUUCCCAGUUUCUCCCUGAGGAGCAGGCCGAGAUUGAUAGACUGUUUGAUGCUCUGUCAUCGGAGAAGCACAGCUCAGACACCUCGCCCCGAUCCUUCUCUCUGAAGGCGCUAAAGAGCCACAUUGGGGAAGCUCUUCCCCUGGAGAUGGUCACCAGACUGUAUGAUGGCAUGCGGAGGGUCGACCUGAUGGGGAAGGCAAAGGGGCCCAGCGAGAGCAUCUCCCGCGAGCAGUUCACAAUGUCCAUGUCCCACUUGUUGAAGGGAAACUCUGAGGAGAAGAGUCUUAUGAUCCUGAAAAUGAUUUCUGCCACAGAAGGUCCUGUGAAAGCAAGAGAAAUCCAGAAGUUUACAGAGGAUCUGGUUGGCUCUGUGGUGCAUGUGCUCAGCUACAGACAGGAACUGAGAGGCUGGACCCCGAAGACAGGCCUGGGUCCCCCACCCAGGGUGCAAGUGCUAGCUGCCCAGCUCUUCUCCGAGAUGGACCUUCGAGGUGGUGAGAAGCUUCCGGGGCCUCAGCAGCUGGACUGUGAGUGUGACCUAGCCAUGGUCGAGGCCUGGGUGUUCAGGGUCCCCCAUGUAGCCACGUUUCUGAGUGUGGUCAUCCACAGAGGCUUUCUCCUGCGUUUGCCCCUCGAUCUGGCCACGCUUGUCCCUGAGCGUCACGUUGACCAGGAGAGGGUGUUUGAGAGUGUCCUGGACAUCCUGUCGGUCAUCUAUAUCAACUCCCACCUGCCUAGGGAGCAGCGGCACCGCUGGCGUCUGCUCUUCUCGUCCAAGCUUCACGGGCACAGCUUCACCCAGCUCUGUGGGCACAUCACCCAGCAGGGCCCGUGCAUCGUGCUGGUUGAGGACCAUGAUGGCCAUGUGUUUGGUGGGUUUGCAUCCUGUUCCUGGGAGGUCAAGCCUCAGUUUCAAGGCGAUGACACUUGCUUCCUGUUCUCCAUCUCCCCCCACAUGGCCGUGUACACGUCCACGGGUUACAACGACCACUACAUGUACCUGAAUCACAGGCAGCAGACCAUCCCGAACGGACUGGGCAUGGGAGGCCAGCAUAAUUACUUUGGGCUGUGGAUCGAUGUGGAUUUCGGGAAAGGACACAGCAAGGCCAAGCCCAAGUGUACCACGUACAGUAGCCCUCAGCUGUCAGCCCAGGAGAACUUCAGGUUCGAGAAGAUGGAGGUGUGGGGAGUGGGGGAUGCCCCGGUGUUGCAGCAGGCCAAGAGCAGCAGGAGUGUCCUGGACAAGAAUCCUGAGGCCCGGAUCCUGCUGGAGGCCAGUGGGCGGAGUCGCCACAGCGAAGGGCUCCGGGACGUCCCGGAUGGUGAAUGAGGAGGUCCCCCUGAGCUUGGGCCUCCCGAGAGCUGGCCCCUGGCCCCCUGGAUGGAGCGCAGCCUGCGGACCCCUCCCCAUCUCACGUGUUCAACAUAGGACUAUACUGGUCACAUCCAGGUGGUUCUGGAUGUGCUGCAUCGGAACACAGUAAAAUUGCUUUGAUGCUGUAUGUGGAUUGUGGGCGCAUCUCCCAGAAAUCCUGAGUGUCAGUUAGCAACUUAAUCCUUGUAUUCUGUCCGUUUCUCGUCAGUGAAAUCCGAAGACACGGAUGCUUGAGACCUCUGCUGGAGCUAGUGUCUGAUGGGCAAGCGCAUUCCUGCCACGCAGGAGAGGACUCUGCUGGGGGGGCGGGUCACCUGGCCCCCGCUCAAGCCACUGCAGUUAAAAAAAAAAAAGUGCCUCGAUGUCCUGUUCCAACUGGUAAAGGGCAGAGGCACUGGGAUGUGAGUCUCUGUGCUUUUGGGAGCAGCUUCCUAUGACGUGGCAUUUCUAGGUUUAUAUAAAAGCCUAAACUGUAUUAAUAGGAGGAAUAGCUGAAGGCUUUGCAGAGAACAGGUGUCCUGGUGGCGGGGGUCCUCUAUAGGUGUUUGUAAUUAGGUUCCACAUUUGCCUUUCUCGGCUGCUUUGAAAUGAGUCCGUGCCAUGAUCUACAGAGGCUCCAGGUGGUUCUGUUGUUAAUUUAAAUGUGGGUAAAUCGGAAGCCUUGACACGUCCUGUGGUGUGGAUUAGUGGUGAGUAAUUUGACAGUACUGGCCUGGGUUCCUGACCCUGGCGCCACCUCCUCGGUGUCGCCCUCUGGCCAGGUGGCCCCCCAUAGUGCUGAGGGGUGAUUUGACAGCAGAGACUCCCUUUAAACCAACUCGAGUGAUCUGAGCGUGCAGACGAUGACCUGGGUGUGUGUUCAAGGCUGGGCCGGAAGAAGCUCACCCCUCCAUGAGAAGUCCCUCCUUCGCAUUUGGAGCUGUGGGUUCGUCUCUAAGACAUAUGCCUCCCUUCUGGGGUCUUUCGCUAUAAACUUUGGCCUUCUGCAGAUCUGAGGACAAUGCAGCCUUUUAUUACAGAACUUGCCUGAUCACGAGCCAUAGUAAAGCUAGCUGCUUGCAUUUUGCAGGUACUGUAUUUUCUCCCAGGAAGCUCCUCAAACUUGGCCCUUAGCGGCAUCCUGAGCAGAAGGCCUUGCAGUUAGCUUUCAAAAGAAAAGUGUGUCCCCAGACAGUAGGCAGAGGGGCAGCAGCCUGACCUAUCUGGACUUAGUCAUGGUUGAUUUUCCUUCUAAAAAGCUGGUUUUUAAUAAGCUGCUCGUUGAGGUUGUAUGUUUCCUCUCAGCUGAUAGGACAGCGGAUAUAAGGUGUGAGGAUCCUCAGGUAUCCUUACCAUAAAUCCAAAGAAUUAGGUCGGUCCUGCACCUUCCAUCUAUUGCAGAAUUUCUUUUGAUAAAAAUGCAAGUAAAUACUUCACUAGAAAUAGUCUGUUGGUAUCUGUACCUUAAGUACCAUUGCUGUCGCCUGUGUUCCUGGCUGUCGGAGAGGCUUCGCGUUUGCUCAUGGGCACACUCUCUGCCUCGUGCUGGUUCCCAUCAGAGGGCAGCGGACCAGUGGGCACCUGUUUCCCCAGAUGGCACGUUCACACACAGAAUGGCGGGGGCCCAGCCCAGGUGCACGCGAACCCAGGGGUGCAGCCCUCCUGGUGGACCUCUCAGCGCACAAAUCUGUGGAGGGUGUCACUGCAGCGGGGGCCACUGGACCUGGCCAGCCUCCCUCCCCCGGGCCUGGGACACAUGCAGUGCUGGUUUUAACAGUAAGGAGUUUGUUACUGGAUGCAACAAAAGAGAAUUCAGGGCCAAUGGUUUCCUUGUGAGUGAAGACCACUGAGGGCUCCAGAAAGUGCUGGAAGGAAGAAGUGAAAGGAUGGGGUCUAUGGGGCAAACGUUGCUAUUGUUACUUUUCCUCCUGCCAUGUUUUCUUUAUUAAAACAUGGUGUAUAGUAAAAAAAAAAAAGUUGAAAUAGGAAGGCUAGAACUCAAAGAGAAAUCUUCCUCUAGCUGUGUUAUUUCCCAAGGAGCAAAGCCACUCAUGAGAAAACCACUCCUGCCUGAGGGGACCCCUUGCACGCCCAGCAUGAGUGUGUCUUCUGCACUCUACCCUGGUGUGUGCCCCGCUUGUUCUUGGUCACGGUGGCUUCACACAUACCCAUCAGUCUCCCUUUGACCUCACGGACUGCGCAGUGCCCUGUGGUGCGAAUGCUCCGUGGUUUGGGGAACGUCAUGACUGCUGCCACAGGCCCCUGGGUGUCUGUCUUGGUGUGAUUUUUGUCGGGAAGAAUCAACUCUUAGAAGUUGAAUUGUUGGAUCAAAAGAUGCUGCUUAGCUUCGAUCUGAGAAAUGAGCAAACCUGAGUUCGGUUUAUGCUCCUGACCUACCACCAUGCCUGUUUGCCAUAAAGAUACCGAUACUGUGUUAAAACCUAGUUGUUUUUUUUUUUUUUUUUUUUGUGCGGACCCGAUAUUUUCUCUGAGUGACCGUGAACCACUUCAUUUUUCAAAAGCCAUCUGUGUCCUACCCUUCACCUGGUUUUCUGGGGCGUGGGUUUUCUUCUUACCAGUUUGCGAGAGUGCUUUUUUGAAUGAAGCAAAAUAGUUUUUAACUUGUGUCCUAAGUAUUUUUCCCACUUUGACCUUAUUUUUCUAUUUGUAAAUUUUGCAUUUUUGUCCUCCUUUUUUUUUUUUACCAGCAUUUGCUCUUUUUUUUUUUUUAAGAUUUUAUUUAUUUAUUCAGAGAGACAUACAGAGAGAGAGGGGCAGAGACACAGGAGGAGGGAGAAGCAGGCUCCAUGCAGGGAGCCCGAUGUGGGACUCAAUCCAGGGACUCCAGGAUCUCGCCCUGAGCCAAAGGUAGGCGCUCAACCCCUGAGCCACCCAGGCAUUCCCCGCCCCUCCUUUAAAAAGAUUUUAUUUAUUUAUUCAUGAGAGACACAGAGAGAGAGGCAGAGACACAGGCAGAGGGAGAAGUACAGCAUUUCCUCUUAAGGCUUCUGAUAUUUGUGGUUAUUUACCCACUGUGAUUAAAAAAAAAGAAAGAAAAUCAGGGCCCCUAGGUGGCUCAGUCAGUGAAGCGUCUACCUUCGGCUUAGGUUGUGAUCCCAAGACCCUGGGGUCAAGCCCCGUUCGGCUCCCUGCUCAGUGGAGAAGUCUGCUUCUCCCUCUCCCUUAUUUAAAAUAAAAUCUUUUUUAAAAAAUCAUGCUUGCUUUUAUUGAUUCUCUGCUUUCCAUUUUUCCUUCUAUAUUUUGGUCCAUUCAAAAUGUAUUUUAAAAUGUACCUCUAUCUUUCCCCCCCAAAUAAAUUCCAAUAUCUUUUAUAUAUUAAACAGAAUGUUUCUUUCCACCGACUUAAAGUACUGCUUUUGGGGCGCCUGGGGGGCUCAUUCGGUCAAACCUCCGACUCUUGGUUUCGGCUCAGGUCAUGAUCUCAGGGUUAUGAGAUCAAACCCCACAUUGGUCUCUUCGCUGAGCAUGGAGCCUGCUUGGGAUUCUUUCUCUUCCUCUCACCCCAAAGAAGGGGAGGAAGGGAGGACUGUUUUCUCAUCCCCUGAAUUUCUAUAUGAACUUCAGUUUCUGCCUCAUGUUUUAAAUUCUGGAGUUUUACAAUAAAAAGGUUUAAGAGCUAUUCCCCAAUGAUUUAUUUGUUUUGGGAUUUUCCUUCCCAUGCUUGCCUGUUUAUUUUCUCUGAUCUUGGGUAAUCCUUCUGAAAAGUUUGAUGGUUGCAUUUUAGAGAUAGCAUUAAAUGUGGAUCCGUGUAGGCAGAGCUGAUACCUGGCAGGUGUGAAUGGUUCCUGCCCCCAAGGAUGGUAACGUCCAAGUCUGUAACAUAGAUUUUGUUACUGCUGGCACCGUACCUGGACUUUUCCCCCUGAUGGUUGUUUGAACAUAGGAAGGUUCUUGAUUUUUCUACCUAGUUUUGUGCCCAGCCGCCUUGCUGAAUUCUUUGGUCUGGGGGUUUUCAACCUUGGGUCUGCAUCAGAAUCCUCUGGAAGGCGUCCUUAAGGGCAGGUGGUAGCACUGGGAGUGAACAUUUCUUGUGAAUCCCCGGGCUCAGUGCAGCUGUAUGCUUGGCUCUGGUGAUUUCUCCUUUUUUCUCUCCAGCGUCACUGAGCUAUAACUGAUACAACAUGUUGAGUUGCACUUACUAUGGUGACGUAUCUGGAAAUGAGGAUAAUUUCCCUCCUUUUGCAAUUUCUAGACUUUUUCUUUCUUUCUCUUGAUGGAUUAUAUCAGCAAAUACUUUCAAAUUUCAGAAGCAGUGACACACUCUUCCCACUCAUGACUUUAAUGGAAAUGGGUCUGGUCUUUUUUUUUUUUUUUAAGAUUUUAUUCAUUUACUCAUGAGAGAGAGAGAGAGAGAGAGAGAGAGAGAGAGAGAGAGAGGUGUGCAGAGACACAGGCAGAGGGAGGAGCAGGCUUCCUGUGGGGAGCUCAAUGUGGAACUUGAUCACAGGACCCUGGGGUCAGGAGCUGAGCCAAACAAAGGCAGAUGCUCAACCAUUGAGCCACCCAGGUGCCCCAGGUCUAGUCUUUGAUCAUGGAGCAGGAUGCUGGCUUUUCAGAUAGAUACUCAUGUAAAGGAAGUAUUUGUAUUUAUGUUGAGUUUCUGUCCAGAUGUUGAAUUUUCUAAAAAGUGGUUUAUUUUUUUUAGUAUCCAUAGUUUUCUGAUUCUUUUUUUUUUUCAUAAGGAAUACCAAAUCAGUAGGGCUCCAGAUACUGAGCCACGUGUAUGUUAACUGCCACUCGAAUGUGUGAAUUCAUUUGGACCGUGUUUGGUACUUUUGUAGCUGGGUGUACAAAUGAGUUGGUCUGUAGUUUUGUUGGGUCUAAUUUUAUGUAAAUCAGGCUUUAGUUGUAAAGUUAUGCUGGCCUGGGAUGCCUGGGUGGCUCAGUCAGUGGAGAGUCUGUCUUCCAGCUCAGGUCCUGGGAUCAAGUCCCGCAUCUGGCUCUCUGCUCAGUGGGGAAUCUUCUUCCUCUCCCUCUGCCUGCCACUCUCCCUGCUUGUGCACAUGUGCUUUCUCUCUCUUUCUUUCUCUUUCAGUCAAAUAAAUAGAAUCUUUAAAUUUUUUUUUAAAUUGUGUUGGCCUUAGAAAAAUAAUUUAGAACUUCUCUUCUUUGCAGGAUCUAGAAAAAAAGCAAAUGAAAGUCCCUUAAAGUUUGGGUAAAACUCAUCGGGAACUUUUGGUUUUGUGGGCAAGGAGGGGUGAACUCUUGAUCACCUCAUCCAUGUCUUUUAUCAUCUGUGUGGUUUUAAAUCUCUGUUGGGGUUCAUUCUGAUGAUUUUUUAAUUUCUUGAUAAGUUUUUCAUUUUAUGUAAGCCUUCAAAUUAAUUUACAUAGGAUUGACCAAAAUAUGUGAAAUUUUUUGUAGUUGUGGGUUUUAACUUGCUGUCCCUUUUCCUACAUUAUGUUGUACUAGUUUUGUUUUUUUUAGUUAAUUUUGCUUUUAUAGGAUCUCCUCCCAUGUGUCCGUUUCUUUUUCAAAUUUGAGUUGUCAAAUUACUCAAUAAAGAAGAAUGGAGGUAAAUACAUACAUGGAGGUAUUACUUUCUUCUUGGAGCUCCGCCUUCCUUGGCAGUACCCUGUCAAUUGUGACAGAUGUGCGUUCAUGGUCAGCUUCUAGAUUUUCUGGAGUUCUUAUUCCAAUCACCACUUAGACCCAAGAGUUCUAAAAUUUUGGCAUGCUGGACAAUUUUCCUACAAAUGGUGGUGUUGAUUUUCAGAUUUGCUGAACAGUGAUUAGAAGAAUUGAGAUUUUAGUCGUGUCCUUACAUGUGGCCUGCUAGUCUCCCACGGACUUUUCUGUAUGUUUUCCUAUGUUUUUCAUACGAUGCCCUAUGAAUUUGGAUGCUGUGUUAGUGCAUGUGUAGGCUCGGUCAAUUUUACUGGUGACUACAUCUCAUUAAAUAUUCUUUCUCUCACCUAAUGCUUUUGGCUUCGAUUUUAAUCUUGUCUGACAGUAACUGUGUCACCGCAGCAUGUGCUGUUUGCCUGGUAGAUUGUAGCUCAAUUUUUCUGAGUCUGGUGUUUUUUUUUUUUUUUCUAAACUUUAUUUUGAAGUAAUUUAGAUCCACCUAGAGGUUGCAAAACGAGUCCCAUGAGUUCCUGUGUACUCCUCACCCGGCUUCCCCUGAUGAAAACAUCUUCCCUACUCAGCACAAUUGCCUAAACCAGGACACUGGCAUUGGGACAGUGCUGCCAGUGUUUCCAUUGCAUCUGCUCUUGGGCAAUGUCAAGGCUAAGGUGCGGCGCUACAGCUGGCAAUGUUUGCCCAAGCCUCUGACACCCACUACUAGCUCAGGGUUCCCCAAACCACCCUCAGAUUGGACAAUUUGCUAAAAAGACAGAACUCAGUGAAACCCAUUGUACUGUUGGUCAGGCUUAUUACAGGGAAGGAUGCAGGUCAGAAGCAGCUAAAAGGCAGAAUCUGGGGGUGUUCCAAGAACAGAGCUCCCGGGCAGCCUCUCUCCGGGAGUCCUUCUAGAGAAUCACCGAGUCUGAGCGUAGC